CCUGCUAACCUAACAAAAGAGGAGAAACAUCCUGUCAUUAUUCCAAAGUCUCAUCACAUAUCUAUCCUUCUUAUCAGAUACCAUCAUGAGAAAGUAGCGCAUCAGGGGCGUCAUAUAACAGAAGGAGCACUCAGAGGAGCUGGAUUUUGGAUUACUGGCAGUAAAAGACUUAUUUCUUCCAUCAUUCACAAAUGUGUCAUUUGUCGAAAACUUAGAGGACAAAUACAAACUCAAAAGAUGGCGGAUUUACCCAUUGACAGACUGUCAACCAUGCCACCGUUCACUAGUGUGGGACUGGAUGUUUUUGGGCCCUGGACAGUCUCCACACGUCGCACCAGAGGAGGAAGUGCAGACAGCAAGCGCUGGGCUGUACUUUUCACCUGCAUGUCCACAAGAGCCGUGCACAUUGAGCUCAUCGAAUCAAUGUCAACAUCGAGCUUCAUUAAUGCACUAAGAAGAUUCUUCUGCAUCCGUGGACCUGCUCAAAUACUUCGUUCUGACAGAGGAACAAAUUUUAUCGGAGCAUGCAAUGAACUGCAAAUUGAUCAGACAGACAAAGAGCUGAACUCCUACCUGCUGGAGAAAGGGUGCACAUGGCUAUUCAACUCUCCCCACUCCUCACAUAUGGGUGGAUCAUGGGAGCGACUCAUUGGAGUUGCAAGGCGCAUCCUGGACGGUAUUCUUUUAAAAACCGGACACAUCCAACUUACACAUGAAGUGUUAAGUACAUUCAUGGCGGAAGUAAUGGCAAUAAUGAAUGCAAGACCACUUGUACCAAUUUCAACAGAUCCAGACAAACCAAACCUUCUCACUCCAGCAAUGCUACUCACCCAAAAGUCAAAUGCACUAUCUGCACCAGCAGGAAGUUUUGCACCACCAGACCUCUACUCAAAGCAAUGGAAGCAGGUACAGUGUCUGGCAGACUCUUUUUGGAAACAGUGGAAAAGUGAAUACUUACCAACUUUGCAGAAACGGAGAAAAUGGACUGAUGAUAAACCGAACAUUAAAGUUGGUGACAUUGUGUUAUUGAAGGACGCUCUCACUCACAGAAACGACUGGUCCAUGGGAAAAGUUGUGAGAACAUUUGAGAGUAAGGACAGUAAGGUUCGAAAAGCCGAAGUAAAAACUGUAAAAGAUGGAAACGCAAAAGUGUUUUUGAGACCCAUUACUGAUAUGGUUUUGCUUUUAUCGGAUGGAAAUUAAAAUGUUAUACCUGUUAUCAGUUGAAAAUGUUUAUUGGAAAAGAUUGUUUGUAGUGGCACAAUUGUAUUGUACCAGGCGGGGAGUGUGCUGCCUUUUGUAAGUCAUUUAGAACAAGAGGUUGAAAACUGCACUAGAACGCCCUCUGCUGGAUAUUUGUUAUAUUGUUUUGGUUACGCUAAAAAAGAAAAUAGAUCCAAGAUGGUGGAACGCAACACCGAACGGUUUAUUGAUUAAGCUGACUGUUAUCCUUAUACGUUGUGUUUCAGACAAGAUUUGUUCUUUACGAUGGCCAAAGAGAUGGCAGUGGUCAGAGGCCACUCUUCAAUAAACAAGUAAAACAGAUAAAGAAGUUUGGUUAUUGGAGCGUCGUUGUCUGGCUGUCUAGCUUGCUGAAAGGUCGAAAACUCAGGGCGAGGAC